GCCGAGGAGGUUGAAGUUUCCGGAGAUGCCCCCAAGGGCCAGAUGUCCGUCCUGGACGCCCUCAAGGGUGUUCUCAAGCUCGCCCUCAUGCACGACGGUCUCGCUCGCGGUCUCCGAGAGGCUUCCAAGGCUCUCGACCGUCGUCAGGCCCACAUGUGCGUUCUGAACGAGAACUGCGAGGAGGAGGCCUACAAGAAGCUGGUCAUCGCCCUUUGCAAUGAGCACAAGAUCCCUCUCAUCAAGGUUCCCGAUGGCAAGCAGCUCGGCGAGUGGGCCGGUCUCUGCGUUCUGGACCGUGAGGGUAACGCCCGCAAGGUCGUCAACUGCUCCUGCGUCGUGGUUAAGGACUGGGGUGAGGAGUCUCAGGAGCGCUCCAUCAUCCUGAACUACUUCCAGACUUCCCAGUAA